CUAUUUUCAGCCUAUUUUUCAGUUCUAAGUCGUCUGGUCCUGAAAAGGUUUCCUACGAUCUCUGUGAGGAGUAUCUUCGACCCAAGGAAGUGUAAUAAAUCGCUGACAAAAAUGAGGAUUUUCCCUUUUAUUAAGACCCCGUUGACGGAUUUGACUGGCCAUUUGUUGACCCAUCAGGAGGGCCCUUGUGCAGAUUUCGAGAUGAAGUUCGUAAACUGUCAAGAAGCUUACGGUGAGAGGAGGGCCUUUGAAAAAUGUGCAGAUAUCUUCGCAGAUCUGGAAGAAUGCUUCACCCACCAGAAACAGAACAUGAGGGUUUACGAAAUGAGGACGGAGAGACUUAGACAGAUUAAAAGUGGAGAACUUUCCAAAGAAGAAGCCUUCUUACCCGGUCCUAAAGUCGAUAGUUACUAAAUAGUUAACUAGUUUUGUUCCCUCAAUUUCUUCGGUUAUGAGUGAAAAAUGUGUUUAUAGAACAAAGCUUGUUUCUUCUACAUUUGUCAUGUUGUAAAAAAUAGAUAUUAUGAUCCAAUAAAACUGUUUGUUUCUUGUUC